GGGUCGUUGACCGGACCGGACUGGAACUAACACUGGAGCUGUACUGGAUACGGAUCGGAGUAAUUUAUCCCGACUCGUGACCCCCGGCUGUCCUUCGAUUCUUUAGCAGUUCAGCAUCCAGCGACUGCAGCAGCAGCGACCACCCGUCUAGCCAACCACAAGACAACGCCGCCGUCCGCCUACGGCCUACCGGCUACCGUGUUCUGCCCCAACCCGUCAAUCCGCCACUCGCCCAGCGUGAUUGCAGGUUAGCCGCCGUGAGCCGCCACCGGCCACCCGUCUGCUGCACUGCUGCACCUACACGUCGUAUGCAUCCCCCAAUUUCCGUCACUUUUCAUCAAGAUCUGACCCUGCCAUGAUUUCAAGGAGGAGCCUAUCAGCAGCGCCAUUUGAAGACUUGGCGGCAUGAGCGUUCGUACCUUCCUUGAAUUUCUUACCCGUCACUGUGAAGAAACCCAUCCACCGUUUGAGAAGGAUACCCAGUACAGCAGCAUAUUCCUAAGUCAAAACAAUGUGUAGUGGAAUAUCAAGCUGAUUAACAUACAUAGCCAAAUCUCUCUCCAUACGUAAACCAGUCUUCCUCAACUCGUUUGGAAAUAAAGCAUCUGCAAUGGUUAAUACGCCAAUGGUUCCUCCUAACGCGGCGAUUGGCAACCAGAAUUUAGAUGGAGGUGUGCCUGCACCACCGCAGCCUCCAGGGACGGAUAUGACCGGGAUAUGUUUUAGGGAUCAGCUAUGGCUGAACACUUACCCUCUGGACCGAAACUUGGUGUUCGAUUACUUUGUUCUUUCACCUUUUUAUGAUUGGACCUGCAAUAAUGAACAGCUCCGCAUGCGCUCUAUUCACCCCCUGGAUGUUUCUCAUUUGUCAAAAAUGACUGGAAUUGAGUUCAUGCUUACUGAAGUUAUGGAGCCCCAUCACUUUGUCUUCCGUAAACAAAAGAGAGAUAGUCCUGAGAAAGUCACACCGAUGCUAACUUAUUAUGUGUUGGAUGGUUCAAUUUACCAAGCUCCUCAGCUUUGCAAUGUCUUUGCAGCUAGAUUGGGGCGGGCUUUAUUUCACAUAUCAAAAGCUUUUACCUUUGCUGCAACAAAACUGGAGAAGAUUGGAUAUGUUGAUGCCGAAAAUGAGGGUGGGCAAGCUGAGAAAAAGGUCCCCAAGGAGGCUAUUGACUUCAAAGAACUUAAGCGAGUAGAUCAUAUUCUUGCUUCUCUACAACGCAAGCUUCCACAAGCUCCUCCGUUGCCUCCAUUUCCAGAAGGCUAUACACACCAGUCAACUGCAGAAGGGUCAGAAAACCAGCAAGCAGAAGGCCAGCAGCAGCCUCCACCUGAUCCCAUCAUCGACCAAGGCCCUCCUUCCAAGAGAAUGCGAGUUUGAGUGGUUUCUCUUUUCUUGUGCCCAAAGAAACCUAAGAUAGCAAUCUGCAUUGUUUUGCUACAAUCUUAACCUAAGUUAGGUGAAUGCGUUCAUCCUGGCUAGGGCUGUACCAGUCCAGUUCUGGUACCCAGUAUCCCUCUCCGAGAACUGGUCCUGGUUCCCAGCCAGUUCUGGUUCCAUUUUUUUGUUUUCUAUUUUUACAUAUUCAAUACUCUGUAUGUUAAUUCUUCUAAAGAUCUACUCCCUCCGUCCCAGGGAGAAGUUCCCACUUUCCUUUUUUGGUAGUCUCAACAAAAAGUUCCCAUUUCCCUAAAUGGAAAGUUAUCCUACAUCAAAACAGUGCCAAACAGUGUCCAUACAGUGUCAAACAGUGUUGAAACAGUGCCAAACAGUAAAAUUUACCCCUCAGUAACUUUAUUUCCCAAAUAUGUGUGAAAGUCAACCCGGGAACUUCUCCCUGGGACGGAGGGAGUAUAUAGCAACUUUUGUUGAUCAUAUAAAUAUCUAAAAUAUUAUAUAUCAUAGUUGUAUAAAAUUUUGGUGCUUGCUAUGGUGCCCGUCUUAUUUUUUCGGGUACAGAACCUGGCUUAUGUGGCCAAAUAAAGAAUUGACAUGUGGAUAGGCAAAUAUAUUGAUCGAGAAUUCCAGCCAAGAAAAAAAAAAUUGCACUUGAGUCCUUGGGAGAUAGACGGGGACUAAGGGUUAACGGAGCUUUCUUUUCUUUUGCCAUUUCCUGGUAUCUACCAAAACCAGACGCAAUCCUCUUCGGCUCUUCUUACUAUCCACCGCAACCCCAGACGACGGCUCUCUCUACCCAAACCAGAAGUCCGGUGCCUUCCAGGUUGCCUACUAUCCACCGCAAUUAGACGGUGGCUUCUUCUCUCCAUUGCAACCAACGAGACAGUGCUAUUGCCUUCUCUCCCUGGCUGCCUGAGCAUUAUUGCGGAAGAGGAACUUAGCGCCAUCAAUUGACAUUUUCGAGCAUUGAAAGGCUCCCUUGAGCAUAUUCUAACAAAUUCCGUAUGUACUUGGUUUAUUCAUCAAAUCCAAUUUAGGGCUUUUCUUGAGAAACAUGUUUUAGGAUUUUCUUACAAGCUCUUCUUCUCAUGGCUUAUUUGGCCAAAUAAGUUGUUGUUUUCUGUUUCAAACAAGCAUUUUUUAUGCUUCUGGUUUUGCUUAUUUUCUGUUUUGGGAGCAAGGAUUUUCCUU